CAGCAUUUCACAGGGCUUCGUUAUGUCGGUGAAAACUCAACGAACUCUCUGUAAGAGACUUUAGGCAAUAAACUGCCCACCAAAAAAACGACUGCACCGGCUAAAGAGGGAAGAACGCAGAGCUGAAAGUGAAGAUAUCAGACAACCAGCUGGCCUCUGAGGAACCGAACUUCACACAUUACAGCAAAGUACCAUGAAGGAGGAACAGAUCCUGGAGGACGCAGAGAUGAAAGAUCAUCCACAGGUGAAAGAGGAACAGGAGGAUCACUGUAUCAAUCCAAAUGUGGAGGCUGAUGCUUCAAACUGUGCUGAAGUAAAACUUCUCAAAUCAGAACCAACCAGUGGAUGUGAGCUGUUCCCCUCUUCCAGUAGUGUAUCUGUGAAUGUAACAGAAACAUUGGACAAAAAACAGAUUGAAACUGAAGGACCGUCUUCCCCUCCUCACAGUCAUAGCAUUGAAGUGAUUGUGGACAUGGAGCAGCCCUCAAGGGAUGAAAAAAAAUGCCGCUUUUGUGGCAAACAUUUCAGGAAAGACUCUUUUCUUAUAAGACACGUAGAAAAGAGUCACAAAGGGAAAAAAGCCUUUAAAUGCCUGAAGUGCAGCAAAGAGUUUGAUGCAAGGCCAAACCUUGUUGUGCAUACAAGAAUACACACAGGUGAAAAGCCAUUCAAGUGUGAUUUUUGUGACAGAACGUUUGUGCAGAACUCAAGUCGAAUCGUUCACAUGAGGGUGCACACUGGAGAGAAGCCAUAUUUUUGUAAGAACUGUGGAAAAAGUUUUGCCAUAAGCAAACAUUUAAAAUUCUGCAAAAAACAGAAUAACAGUUGCCAGAGCCCACCAGUAAAUGUGACAACACAGGAGGAUAUGAAAGUGGAGAAACGCUUCAAAUGCUUUGGAUGCCAAAAAGAAUUUCAAUAUAAGUACCAGUUUGAACAGCAUUCCAGAGUUCACACUGGUGAGAAACCUUUCCGCUGUGAGGUUUGUGGCAAAACCUUCACUCAGAGCUCCAGUCGUAAUGUUCACAUGAGGCUGCACACUGGAGAGAAACCAUACUUCUGUACAAAAUGUGGCCAAAGUGUUACCCAUCAAGCACAUCUGAUAUACUGCACAGGUACACAAAACAAACGCAAAAAAAAGUCUUUUCGUUGUGAAAUGUGUGGAAAAACCUUUUUCACUAAUUCAGAGCUGAAGGUGCACUUUGAGGUUCAUGAGCAAUGGAAACGAUACAUUAGUGAAAAACAAGAACCAGAGAUAGAGGAGAAAAAACCCAUGGACAAGUAAGGGAACAACAGAGGAUCUCUAAUAACAAAUAGUUUAUAAAAGAUAAUUAAUAAAAGAAUACUCCAGUUUUUAGGAAUGGUGUGUUUCAGCCACAAUAUGUCAUGAAUGGAAUAUAUUUUUGUCUUUGUUGAAAUGUAGUUAUAUGAGAAAAUGCACUGAACAGUGUGUACAGACAAAGGCAAAUGUUUAGAUGAUUUCACUGCUUCACCUUAACCUUUUUUAUUUCUUUUUAAAUUUUUGGAGUGGUAUCAAUAAACUCUUCCAAAGCUGUGCUGUAUGGACUCCAUUUACAUGUUAUGAAAAUGUUUGAUUGAAAUGCGACACAGGUUGGUUAAAGCAGCCAUACCAGUUAAACUAUCAGUGCCUUUUAAAGGUAUUUUUUUUCUUUUUAUUCCCAAUAGAAAAAUAUUUUUCUGCACUUAACAAUUUUAAUCCUUUAAUUUUUGUUUUGGAGCUUCUGUUUCAUGUAGUUCUGUUUUAUUAAGAGGUCAAGAGUUGAAUAGGUGCAUUAAACACAUUAAGUACUACUGCCAUGUGACCAGAAAAGCAUUU